UAUUGAAGUUGUGGUUUGAGAACAUAAGAACAAUGGCAUGCAACAAACCAGUCAAUGGCGUCGUCCAGCCACCGACUGUGCAGCGGUUGGAUCGACCGGGACGCCAUACAAAUCAACUGGAAUAUAUCUUAAAAACGGUUAUGAAGUCCUUGUGGAAUCAUCAUUAUGCGUAUCCCUUCCAACAGCCGGUCAAUGCGAAAAAACUAAAGCUGCCCGACUACCAUGAUAUCAUUAAACAGCCAAUGGACUUGGCUACGAUUAAGAAGCGAUUGGCGAACAGUUACUAUUGGUCCGCCACGGAGGCUGCCGCCGAUAUAAACUUGAUAUUCACCAAUUGUUCCCUGUACAAUAAGCCCACAGAGGAUGUUAUCAUUAUGGCCAAAGUGCUCGAGAGUGUCUUUCUGCAGGCAAUCAAAGAUAUGCCCAAGGAGGAGCUCGAACUGGGGUCCGUCGCGGUCAAGCGGGGCAACAAAAAUCAACGCGCACCGACCUCCCCUAAAACAGCAGCAUCUGCGGCGGCAGCGAUCGCACCCGUCCAAAGCGCAAAUAAUAGCAGGAAUAGCAGCAACAGCAUCAGCACCAAGAGUAAGAAUUUAACACUGGCAGCAACAACAGCAAAAACAGCAACAGCAACAACGACAGGAAGAGCGUCAGAAUCCUCCAGGGCACAAAAGCUGGUGGCGGUAGCAGCAGCGGCAGCCCAAGUCCAGGCAGCAGCAUCAGCAUCAGUAGCAGCUGCAAAAGUGCUGGCAGCGGCUGUUGCAGCAUUGGAUGGUGAUCCCAUAAUGGCCAUCCAGUCGACUCUGAAUAGUAUGGGUCAAAAUGCCGUCCAGCCCGUCCAAAUGCAGAAGGGCGUCAAACGAAUUGCGGACGCGAAUGCAUUUGAAUCGCACAUGGCCAAGGUGGCCAAAACAGCCAUGAGGCAGGAAGAUAAGAGCCAUAACUGAUG